AAAGACUUCCGAAAGGAAGUUCUGUACUUUGUAACAUCAGGGGAAAAGACGAUCUCUGAUGUUGAUGUGGAUCUGAAUUAGGUAGGAGAGUCUGCAGAUGUUGUGAAGAAGAGGGACAAUCAUGACCAGAUCCUGAAUACCUCUACAAAAGUCUGCACCUGUGAUCUGAUUGUAAAUAGCGACUCCCAUGAAGAUGCCAUUCUGUACAAAAUAUCCAAGGUGACAUCACCUCUGUAAGUGAUGGCUGAAAUGGAACGAAUGAACAACCACCGACGGGGCCGCCAAGGCCCUAGAUACGAAAAUGAUUUCACGCCGGGUACGGUGAACUCGAGACCAACAAAGCAGCUGGAGUUUCACCAGGCAAUGACUGACUUUAAGAGGAUGUUUCCCAACAUGGAUGAGGAAGUCAUUGAGGCUGUUCUCCGAGCCAACAACGGAAUCGUGGAUGCCACAAUCGAUCAGCUUCUUACAAUGAAUGUCGACAACGAGGUUUUCCCUGAAGACUUACAGUGGGAGGAUGAGGCGGCACUAGCAGCCGGACUGCCAUUCCCUCUCGAACAAGAUUGCCUUCCACCAAAAAGGUCAUUGUCAGAGAAGGCUCCACUGCCAGAGCCGAUAGGGGAAUCCCCACCACCAUACUCAGAAGCUGUACAGUCGCCACAGAUGCUGAUAUCCCCCAGUGUACGAAAAACAGUGAAGUCUAGUCCACCGAACCCGCCCAUAGCAGACUUACUGGAUUUAGGUAUUGAUGAACUGGCCUUGUCCAAUACUGAACCAAAGACUCCAAUAUCAUCGUGGAGCAGUCCUGUUGCGUCGGCGAGUCCUUCAUGGCAUGGUCCAACAGACUCAAGUAGAUCCUCUUGGAAUCACUCUGGUUCCACAGAGAAAUCAUCUUGGAAAGGUCCAUCAGCGGCCAUGGCUAGUCGCUCUUGGAGUCUCCAUGGCCCUGCUGAUCACACAUCUCGGAAGCUACAUGGCCGGAGUUUCAGUAUGAGUAGUGCUACAAAGAAGGCAUCCUAUCGGAACUGGAACCCGCCAAUGCUGGGUCGACUGCCGGAUGACUUCUUGCGACUGUCUCCAACUGUGUCUCCCCAGAGAUCUCCGUCAUCAGUGACGACAUCAGAGAAACCACACCACAGGAGGACAGUGUCACAGCCAAGGAUCCUGUCCAAUCACAACCAUCAGUUCAGUUCUGAUAUGUUACAAGAGAGAAUCAAGGAAAAUGAGCGUCGGCGCCGUAUGGCUUCCUCUGACCUUGACCCUGAGCUGGCUCAGUACUUGGAGGAUGAGCGGCUAGCACUGAUGUUCCAGAACAGCGAGUUCCUGCAGGAACUUCGAGACAACGAGGACUUCAUGAACACCCUGGAGCGAGACCGCAUGAAUGCAGUUGCGUUCGAGCCAGCAGUGACACCAGUCAGUCCUGACAGGGAUGCCAUGAUGGAGGGCUAUGGUGAUGACAGAGACGACACACUGGAAGCGUUUCCGUUCAGUCAGCAGCUGCCCAAGGGGGAUGACGAGGAUGCAGAACUCCGACGGAAACUCAAACAUAUGGGGAAAGCAUCAAAGAAACAGUUCGCCUCCUUAGCAAGGAAAUUUUUUUCAAGAAAGAAGAAGAAGUCUUCAAAACAAAUUAUACGAGAGAAACUAGCACCCUCUAGGAUGAAUCUGCUGGAAGAGGACUCUGACGUAGAGGGAGGUCACUCUGAGAGUCACUUGGCCUAUGAUGAAGGUGCAGAUGUGGACAUGUCUCACCAGCCAGCUUCAGUGCCAAGCAUUCGAACUGUACAGCGCCCGCCGUACCAUCCGGACACUAUCAUCACAUACAACCCAGACAGCUCACACAGGGUGUAGCGGGCUGCAAGCUACUGCACUACUCAGUUGUCUCCCUUAGAUAUAUCAGCAUGGCCGACAAGGUCCUUGAUUUUGUUGUUUACAAACAGUGCUUAGUAGUGUUCUUAAUGAAAAGUGUUGCAAGCUGAAAUUCAUUGUGAAAUAUAAAUAUUAUUUGUCAGUUUCUGAUGCUCAUUGACAAACAGCUAACAGUGUAAUAUUUGUAACUUGUUGAUCACAAAACAUCACCUCAAAGACCUGUUAACUUACCAUUAAGAGAUACAAGUUAUUUACAUUUCAUGAUACCUAGGAAUGUGGUUAUGUGUAGUUAUCUAUAGAGAGAGAAAUCAUGUAAAUGUUAUGUAAGAAAUAUUAACAUGGAAAUGUUAGAAAACUAUAGGCUGAAGACAUUCAGUGGUUACUAAAAGCAGUUGUACACUUUUUUAAAGAAAAUUGAAUUUCAUAAAUGUUAGUACAUGGGCUGUGAAAGAGAACUAAUCUCAGUUACCAUGGUUACGUGGUACUAUUUACAGCAAGAAUUAAGGAGUGAAAUACCAAAUUGAGAUUUGCUAGUUUUUCAAAUUUCAAACAAUUACAGUUGACUGUAAUAGUGAGUUACAGGAAGCACAGAAUCUGCUUUAAUUUUGUCGUUCAGGGUAUUGACAUAUCAGUGUUGCCAAUAUAGUGCUUGUGUUAUACACCUCACAUCAAUGCUGUUGUAUGCUUACUGCAUAUGUAUAUAGAAGAAUGUAGUGGCAGGCAUUGAAGUAACAAGAUACAAUAUAGUAUUAGUGAGGGUUUGAUUACAGAGACGAUGUGUUGACUGAGUAAACGUCACUUAAAGCUCCUGUGGCCUGAGGGUGGAUUGUGGGUGAACAAUAAUGGCAUCUUAAGACAUGUAUUAACAAAUUCAGAGUUGUAGAGUCUGUGAGACAUUGUGUUGUGAUCAAAUUUGUUUUCAGUCCAUCCUGUACAAAGGUGAUGUGGUAAUACUGAAAGAACAUCAUUGAUAUUGUUUUUAUUGCAUACAACACGAAAAAAACGAAUUUGACAUUUUAGUUUUUGUAGUGUCAAAGGCAUUACUGGAUCAUCAGCUUUUUAGUACUUUUUUCUUUGCCUGGAAUAAAUGGCAAAUUGUUGAAUUACACAAAGGUUGUUACCACUUUUAUGUUGUGAAAAUGUUUGCCAUAUGCAGAUGGUGCUUUGAUUGAUGAAUAACAUGGGGAAAAUGGUGGAUUCUGAUCCAGAAUAUUUUUCUAGAGGUCUACAUUUGAUGUGACAACCUUAUAACAAAUGAUUAAGUUAAGAUUACUUAACUUAGUAGUUAAACUGCCACAUUCACCAGCUCUGAAUUAAAAAUUGCUUUUACAAGAAACAAGAUUUUUAUCACAACUGAGUGACGUUGGAAGCCAGCAGCAAUGGCCAUGGGAAUGAAUCCAGGGGCAGAUCAUGUUGAGAGAAAUGACGGACCUGGGGAUAUAGAAGAUGUGUUCCGACCUGACUAGGUCAGUGUUGUACUGAGGUGAUCCACGGGUCCAACAACCUAUGAGGCAGAUACCGUGAUAUAUUCAUGCAUAGACAUGUACAUAUUCUGAUUAUCAGAUACAAAUAGAAAUAAUGGUCAAGUAUUUACUGGUGUGUUUAGUUCAACAGCGUUCACUGACAAGGCUCAGGUAUUUGUAGCAGCCUUUUUAGAUUCCCAACUCCAAACAUCAGUAAAAAUGUCCAAUUUGUAAUCAAACAUGUCCCAAUUCUUGAGUUGAAUAUAAAAUGAGUGGUAGCCAGUUAAAUGCAUCAUAGUUUGCCGUUAUUGCAACUUUUGUACUGUUCUACAUCAAAUAUAUUACAGCAGUACAAGAGUUUGGUUGCCAUGGUCACUCAGGUUUACAUAUUUAAAAAAUCCUUAUGUGAAUAAUUCUUAUGUUGAAUUCAUCUUGACUGAAAUAUGCGAUAUAGUUGAUUUCGGCAUUGAGAUAAUAUCCUUCAUUUUCCUUAAAAAUGUCUUGAAUGGCAAUCCAUGACAUGUACUUAAAGUCAGGAAAUAUAACACAUUUUUGAGUCAUUUGUCAGGAAACUAAUACAUAAAGUCUUCACAAUCCCACCACCUCAGAGCAACACUUGACUAACUGAUACUGUAACAAUAUGUUAAUUGUUCUUAAUAAUUCCGUUGGUAUGAGUUAAUAUCCUUAGAAAGCUGGUAAAUCAUGUUGAGUUUUCUACAUAUGUACAGAAAAGUACUGCAAUGUAAAUAUUAGAAAGAGUGUGAGAUACAUACUUGUUAGACGAAUAUUUAGAGAUGUUUGUACUUACCAUUUUACUGUUUUAAAUGUCUUCUAUUGAGACAGUUUUGACCCGGGCAGGUGCCCCUGUGUUGAUAGACUUGUGGUUCCAACCAUCUCCUGUUUCA